CCCUUCUCAUCUUUUGGAAUAAAACACUUACAAUUUUCUUCAUUGUUUGUUGCAAUGCAAGUUUCGUUUUAGUCAUUCUUUUGUGUCCUUCUUUUCGUAGUCACUCAUUUUGAACAAACGUCUCUAUCUUACAAUAAUACAGCAUUUGCUGUCGUCUUCUUAAAUCUUUUACAAAAAUACCACUUUUCUUUGAUCGGUUCCUGACCAUGGAACAUUAUCUCACCUUUCUUCUGGCACUUGCGAGCGCUGCAUUAGCAGUAGGCGAUCCAGCCAGCUCUUCCGUUGUAGCAGCAGCCCCAGCAGCAGGGACACCGGUUGCCAUAACCCCCCAUCCAUUUUUUGGCAGCUCAAUCGGAGUUCUUGGGUGUAUGAUUAACACUAAUCGUGUUGCAUACUGGCCUACUUGGCCUGACUGCGGCGCUAGCAUAUGCGUGCAGGUAUCUUACGGUAGACGGUCCGUCAACUUGCUCCAUAUCGACCAUUCAGGUGGAGCACACGACAUAUCUUAUGAUGCCUGGAAUUACCUUUACACGGGACAGUCUGCUACGGUAAACCCGGAACAAGGAGGCGGUAUAUUCGCUACAUAUACCACGCAGCCCAUGUCGGCUUGCUCGGAUUUGAUUUUGUCUCCAGAUAAGAAACUACCAUUCUCCGCCGCAAACUCGAUGAACUACAUUUCAAACUGCACACUUGCAGGGUCAAAUUGGAUUUCCCAGAAUAGCGGACUGUGGAACAUUGCAACAAGUUCUUGUACACUCGGAAUAGAUGAAGAAUGCACAUUAGACUUGAAGACAAGCAACGACCCCGUCUGUCCAUCCAAGUUGGGCUUACAGACACCGUUGACUUCAAUGCCGGUUUUUGAUUUGGAAUACGGCACCGGAAGACCAGUUUUAGCUUUAUGAACAGGAAACAGACAGUCGAGAGGAGAAGAGGGUGAAGAUCAGCCGAAUAGGUUCGAAAGAUGUAUCAUCGUUCAGUCAAUAUCGACUAGACUUGGAGAGCAAAGGAUUGAUUUAAAGUU